CGGGCUGCAGUGCUGAUCGCAGACUCCAGGGAGGAGGCAGGUGACUGCUCGCUGCAUCCAGCUCAGCAGACUUUCCGCAGACACCACAAUGGACCUGAAAGCUCUCCUACAGUUGCUGAUCUUAAUGUCUGUUGUAAGAGUCGCCCACUUCUCAAAAUCAUCUUACAAGGGUCGAUAUAUGGCAUCUGUCUUCUCAGACCUGACUUCAAAGGAGAUGACCUCAGUUCAGACUUUCCUCGUGGACCAGAAGCAGCUGAACCUAGUCCCGAUCAGAAGUCACUUUGGCAAAAACUCAAUCUUCAUGAUGGAGCUCAACUUGCCAAAGAAGCAGGAUGUCCUGAAAUUUUUAGAUUACAACGGCCCUAAACCUAAAAGAGAGGCCAAAGUGGUCAUCAUCUUUGGGGACCAGGUCAAACCCAACAUCACAGAAUAUAAUGUCGGCCCCCUCCCCCACCCGUAUUAUUACCGACCACUAACCACUAAAGGGAACAAGCACAUAAGAUUUGAGUCGCGGCCUAUAACCUAUAUGGAAUCUAAUAAAGUCCAAAAACGUCUGCUGGAGCUCAUCAAUGAGUUAGACCACAUCUUAGUGGAGUCCUCCGGUUUCUCCUUAAACAACUGCUCAUCAGGUUGUCUUCGCUUCACAGACAUUGACCCUUGGGGCUUAAAAUCUGGAGAACGUCGCUCAUGGAUGAUAGUCCAGAAGGACGUAGAAGGGUUCUUCCUACACCCAAUUGGAGUUGAGAUUCUCCUCAAUCAUCGCUCUCUCAACCCUAAAGAGUGGACCAUUGAGAAGAUCUGGUAUAACGGCCAAUACUUUGAUAGUGUCAAGGAGCUAGUCCAUAAGUAUGAGAAGAAUGAACUAGCUAAGCUACCACUAUCAGAUGACAGUGAAGAUUCUUAUUCCACCUUCAUGCCCCGUGGGGAAUUUAAGACAAAAACAGAUAGAUCUGGUCCAAGUAUAUGUGAACCCCAAGGGAAACGUUACCAAGUUCUGGGCAACUAUGUUGAGUACACCGGCUGGAGCUUUGCUUACCGGGUCCGUCCAUCGGCUGGCCUCCAGAUAUUUGAUAUCCAGUAUAAUAAUGAGAGGAUAGCCUAUGAGGUGAGCAUACAGGAGGCCAUAGCCUUCUAUAGUGGGGCCACGCCCGCUGGUAUGCAAACAAAGUACAUUGACUCCGGUUGGGGGUUGGGUAUAGGACAUUAUGAGCUUGCAAAAGGAAUCGACUGCCCUGAGGGGGCCACCUACCAGGAUCUCUACAGUUACUAUGACACGGACAAACCAUUGCGAUAUAAGAAUGCAUUGUGCAUCUUUGAGCAGCCCACAGCGAUACCCUUACGGAGACAUUUCGACAUCAGCGACAAUGGGGGUUACAAUUUUUAUGCUGGGAUGGAAAACAAAGUCCUGGUGGUGAGGACAACGUCCACCGUCUAUAACUAUGACUAUAUCUGGGACUUUCUGUUCUACCAAAAUGGAGUGAUAGAGGUUAAAAUGAGCGCCACAGGGUACAUACAUGCCACUUUUUUCACCCCUGAUGGCCUCCAGUUUGGAAACAGGGUCCAAAGCCAUGUUCUGGGGAACCUCCAUACACACUUGAUCAACUAUAAGGUGGACCUGGACAUUGCAGGUACAGAAAACAGCUUUGAAACCAUUGACCUGAAAUACGAGAACAUUUCAAAUCCUUGGAGUCCGGAUCACUUUAUUGUCCAGUCCCGUUUAGAUCGCGUCCCAAGAAGCAGUGAGCGUCAGGCUGCUUUCAGGUUUGGAUCUCACGUCCCGAGGUAUCUAGCGUUCCAAAACCCCAACAAGAAGAACAAGUGGGGACAUCAGAAGAGCUACCGGAUCCAGUAUAACUCCCAUGCCCAAAGUGUGCUGCCUGAGAUGUGGGCUGAGGAGAAAGGAGUCUCGUGGUCCAGAUACAGCCUGGCAGUGACCCAACAGAAGGAUACAGAGCAGAGCAGCAGUAGCAUCUACAUCCAAGGUGACCCCUGGGACCCCGCCGUCUAUUUUGAGAACUUCAUCAGUGACAAUGAGGACAUUGUGAACAAGGAUCUUGUUGCCUGGGUGACAGUCGGGUUCCUCCACAUCCCCCAUGCUGAGGACAUCCCAAAUACAUCCACCCCGGGAAAUUCUGUAGGUUUCUUCCUUCGACCUUUCAACUUUUUUGAUGAGGACCCCUCGGUGGCCUCCAGGGACAUAGUCAUCGUGAGACCCACGGACAAAGGCUUCACCAAAGUGAACAUCCAACGUUGGACUCCUGAAGUGACCGGUCAAUGUGUGUCAGGCAAACCCUUCCACUACAACGGGACUUACGUCUCGGACUGAAUCCUGAAGAUUUAUCUAAAAUCGUCACAUUAAAGAUCUUGUAUCUAGAAGCUCAACUAGACAACUCAAGACAAUGAAAGUCUUAGUGAUUCCUAGGAAUCCAGAGUCAUCAAGACAUUACCGAGGGGCAUUGUCAUCAAUCGCUGUGCAAGAUAAUAAUGAGUCACAAUAUAGCAACAUAUGUAACAGUUGAUCAGAUCAUGGUUAUUGGGGAAUACUAUGUAGCAACAUGCAAAAUAUUUUACCCUUUGACAUGUCUCACCUUUAAAUUCUUUGUGUUAUCCUAUGAAUAUUAUGACCAAUAUUAAAGAAUAACAUGAA